AUGAAAUCAUCAAUUGAGCCAACGACACAAGACACGCAACCCAAAUUACAGGCAGGGAGAAACGCACAGUUGCCUCCCUACUGGUCCUUCUCGGCGAUUGAAUACCGGGAAAUUCUUCUCCCGAUCAAAGAGAUGAAGGGAAAUGCGCUAUGGCUUCAAACACUUACACGAGCAAGGGGGCAACUCUCAUCGCCAGCCGCUGAUGUGAGCCGGCAACCUUACGCCGUGAUUCUGGGCAUAAAGCUCAAAAUGUGCACACCCAUGCUGCUAUUUGUGCUAGCAUAUCUAUUGCCGCCAGGGCCACCGUCCGGCUUUGCAAUGUUACAUGCCGUGCGCCUUGAGUGUAUGCUGGCCCCUGAUACUGACAGGACAUGCACAUGCGCAUCAUCCUUGUGUCUCCUGCGUCUAACAGAACUCUGUGAUAUACAUGCGCAUCACAUAAUACUGGCGGGGGUGGGUAGCGGUGCUAAGUUAGCAUUAUCAGUUCUUGUGCAUGGGGAUGGGAUGCUCAACACUCUUUGGCUCUGGAAUGAACCUGGAUUCUCAUAUCAUCAAUAA